UCUCGGCACAGAAGGGAGUUGGCAACACAAAAAAAAAAAGUUCACACGUCGUCGCCGUCGAUUCACACUGAAUUUGGUCGCAACUCAAUCUCCCUCUCCCUCUCUCUCUCUGUCUGUGCAGUCGGGUUCGGUUAUAGUUAGUCGAGAUUCAGGCUGCCACAGCGUUGAAAAGCUGAUCUCCUCCACACUCUUUAGUUCAGUGUCGGAAGGUUGGCCGCGCACAUCCGUCGCUUAUCGGGCCCGUGUCUCUGUGUGUGUGUGUGUGUGGAUAAGUGAAAGCACAUUUGGAAAAUUUCAAAAGCACAGCAGGGAAAACAGUUCUCCACCAGCUCCGAACGCAAUCGGAGGGAAUGGCGGCUUAACGGAGGUUGUAGUGUGCUGCUGCUGCUGGUGCUUGUACGGGAAGUGACGCACAUCGCCCGGAGAGCGCCUGCCAAAUGGGGCCUCGGUUUAGUGCGAAUCAGUAGCUGUGCGUGUGCUUUGUAAAGGGUAGCAGAAGCAGUAGAGGCCCUUCCGAAACAAACCGAAAGGGGGGACGCGCGCGAGCAGCAAGGAUACCGAGAUUAAAGGGCAAAAGUUACAGCAUCGCUAGUUGUGUCCCAGCAUCAGCGCCAACCAUGUUCGUGAAGAAGCUCGCCUACUUGAUGGUGGUGGCGGUCUGCCUGUUUGGCAUUGGGUGCAUCGCCGCGACCGGACUGGCGGGAUCGGCUGCCAAGGGCCCAGGGGGCCACCAGACGGGGGACGUGUUCACCAGCUCCUUUCUGGUGCGGUUCAAGCGCAGCCUGGACAAGCAGCUGGUACACGAGAUUGCCUCGCGGAAUGGAUUCCAAAAUUUGGGCGAGCUUCCUGGCAGCAAUGGUAAGGAGUUUCACUUCAAGCACACCACCCUGCCGUUGGUACGCACCAGGCGAAGCAUCUCCCAUACGCGUGUGCUUAAAAAGGAACCACUGAUACACACCGCAAUACAGCAGUCCGGAUUUAAGCGCGUCAAGCGCGGCUUCCGCCAUGCCGUCCCGCUGAACUACAUCCCGGACAAGGCGCCCGGGUACGGUGGCGAGAAUGUGCCGACCGAUCCGUACUUCCCGUUCCAGUGGUACUUGAAAAACACGGGACAAAACGGCGGCAAAGCGAAGCUCGACCUCAACGUGCUGGCUGCGUGGGACCAAGGCAUUACCGGGAAAAACAUUACCACCGCCAUCAUGGACGACGGCGUUGAUUACAUGCACGCGGAUCUGAAGUUUAAUUAUAAUGCCGAAGCGAGUUACGAUUUUAGCAGCAACGAUCCGUUCCCUUACCCACGGUACACGGACGAUUGGUUCAAUAGCCAUGGCACACGGUGCGCCGGUGAGGUGGCCGCCGCCCGGGACAACGGCAUCUGCGGGGUGGGCGUGGCGUACGAUUCGAAGAUCGCCGGCAUCCGGAUGCUGGACCAGCCGUACAUGACCGAUCUGAUCGAGGCGAACUCGAUGGGGCACGAGCCGCACAAGAUCCACAUCUACAGCGCGUCCUGGGGCCCGACCGACGACGGCAAAACGGUGGACGGCCCCCGGAACGCGACGAUGCGCGCGAUCGUACAGGGCGUCAACGAGGGCCGGAACGGGCUGGGCAACAUUUACGUGUGGGCGUCCGGUGACGGGGGCGAGGAGGACGAUUGCAACUGCGACGGGUAUGCCGCCUCCAUGUGGACCAUCUCGAUCAACAGUGCGAUCAACGAUGGGCAGAAUGCGCACUACGACGAGAGCUGCAGCUCCACGCUGGCCAGCACGUUCAGCAAUGGCGCGAAGGAUCCGAACACCGGUGUGGCCACGACGGACCUGUACGGGAAGUGUACAACGACCCACUCGGGCACUAGUGCGGCAGCACCGGAAGCGGCCGGAGUGUUUGCCCUCGCACUGGAAGCAAACCCAUCGCUGUCCUGGCGCGAUAUGCAGCAUCUGACCGUGCUGACGUCGAAGCGCAACUCGCUCUUUGACGCCAAGAACCGGUUCCACUGGACGAUGAAUGGGGUCGGGCUGGAGUUUAACCAUCUGUUCGGGUUCGGCGUGCUCGACGCCGGUGCGAUGGUUGCGCUGGCGAAGAAAUGGCGAACGGUGCCACCACGCUACCAUUGCGAAGCCGGCGCAAUCACCCAGAUGCACCGGAUACCUUCGUCGGGCUCGCUGUACCUGCCGAUCAAGACGAACGCUUGCAAGGGAACCGACACGGAGGUACGCUAUCUGGAGCAUGUGCAGGCCGUCAUCACGGCGAACGCCAGCAGACGUGGGGAUUUGGAGCUGUUCCUCACCUCCCCGAUGGGCACUAGAUCAAUGAUACUGAGCAAACGGGCCAAUGACGAUGAUCGACGCGAUGGCUUCACCAAGUGGCCGUUCAUGACGACCCACACCUGGGGCGAAUAUCCGCAGGGCACGUGGAUGUUGGAGGCCACCUUCAACUCGCAGGAAAGUCGCUCCGGCUGGAUCAAGGAGUUUUCGCUCGUGCUGCACGGUACCAAGGACCCGCCGUACCAAACGCUGUCUCCGGCUUCGCCCCACUCCAAGCUGGCGAUUGUAAAGAAAGCUCACGAAGAUAAGGACGGCAAUUAAAAUGUAACCGUCUGUAAUGUAACUCACACACACGUACACGUACACGUACACAAAUACCAACCUACAAACGUGCACACAUAUAUACACCACACUGCUAAGACACAUAUAAAAACCUUCUACACAACCAGUACGCCCCACAGGUAUAUGGUGUCCUGGAAUGGCAGCAUAGCGCAUAUAUAGAUCUCUAUACAUAUAUACAUAGAUAUAUAUAUUUAUACAUAUGAAUGUUUGUAGUAUUUAUGUUCAUGAGGGGUAGCUGAGAAGAGCUGUAUAUCUCUUACCUUGUAGAGCAGCUUGCCAACAUCAUCUAAUUCAAUGGAAGCACGAACAGCACUUUAAACCAGCAUGUUAACCAACCCUUACCAACCUCCUGCCGGGGUCAGUCUGGGAGGGUGUGGAACGUCUAAGAAAUGUGAACUGUGUUGGUGUGUGCGUGUGUGCGGCACCGAACACAAAUCCAAUCCCAUUUUCCGUUCGGUUCGCGGUUAGCCCAGCUAGCUACACUCAGGUCUGGUCUGGUUGGGCCGAGACACUCCCGGGGCAGCGAGACAAGGUGAAGGGCUGUAAGGAAAACGAUUGCAACAGGAAGGCCCAACGUGGUGGAGCGCACACCGUUCCGAGCGAUGGAUACCGUCCGGUUUCAAUUGUUGUCUAUUUAUACAUAGCAGAGAGACAGAGAGAUAGGUGAAGAGGAUAGUGCACCCGUUAUUACAUUUCCAAAGGAAGAUUCUAUCGAUAGUUCCGCGUUGGGUUGUUGGAUUUUUUUUGAAUAUCUAUUUUGCUCCAUCCGUUACUCCGUAUCAGCUCCAUCAUUCGUCCUCUAAGCGUAUUGAUUUGUAUAUAGACGUAUAAAAUACAAAUGCAACUAUAUUUACUAAAAACCAACUAUCUAGCAAGUGAUGAUUUUGUUGUACCGAUUUGGGCAAAGAUGCGCCAAAACAAAUGGGUAAAUGUAUACUAUUGUACUCACAUAAUCGAACUGGCGGCAGCAGCAGCAGCAGCAGCAGCAGCAUUAGCGGCAGCACUAGCAAGUGACGGCAGUAGUAGUAUACCCCACCACCCCCUUGACCACAGUGCGAACAAUAACAUCAACAUCAACCCUAAAAUCAUUAUGUGAACAAAUAAAUUUCAUCUUUGAUAAUAUAAAUAAAGGAAUGCAUUUGAA